UGGUUUGCCGAUGUAGGGAUGCCAAGGAGCACUGGCAGCGGGAGUAAUAUAAAUAUCUUAACAAGGACGUCUAGACGAGGUGGUAACGCUCCUUCACCUUCCGGAUUUUGUGAAAUGGAGUAUGAACUAAGCAAAGAUGGAGAUCUUGUUCCUGUUUCUAGCGGGCUAGAUACAGCCGCAGGUCAAGACGAGGACAUAGAUAGCCACGAUGGUUGCGUCACGAAUGUUGGCUGCGAGGAAUCCAAUGACCCUGGUUUAUCUCAUAUUUCCAAUACCUCUCAGUCUCGGAGUAAACGCAAGCAGACGUUUGAACGAAGAAACAUUAAGUAUGUAUAUUAUGGCGCCGCUUCUUCACGCGUCCGUGAAGAGAAUGCACUGAGCGAAGAGACUCAAUCCGCCCAACGAGCCGAAAUGGAGCGACUUCUCCGACUUCAAAUGGAACAGGAGACUCAGUUGCCGCAAGCUUGUGCUGCUGAUUGCUGGACUCUCGCUAGCAAUAGUGACACGAACCAGACCAAUUCCACACUUUCUGCUGAUGCCACUCAAAUCGACUUAAAAAAGUGCGAGGAAGAAAAGAAAUCAGAUGUUGCAUUCGCGUCCAGCAGUCCGUUUCCAAAAGUAGCCCCUAGCCAGCCGCUAUCUACUGCGUCUGAAAAACUCUUUAAACAGAAACAACAUACUGAACUUCAAUCUGGUGAUUCGGAAGAAACUGCGAUAGUCUUGCUGGGUGACUCUGACGAUGACAUCGAACUGCCAAUAGAUGACGCUGCAAUAGAAAUUAUGAAUAAUCCGGUGAUUGAGUUGAGUGAUGAUGAAAAUGAGGAGGAGGCUGAAAAUGGGAAUAAGCUGGGAGACGAGGUGCAAGCGGAGUUUUGCGAACUCCGUGACGCAGACAACCUGCCCGACUCUGAGGGUCGCAUUUGUAUUCGCCGCGGCGCCACUGAUGCCGAAUCCUUCUACCUCGCACCUCACAUUGCCCGUGUCAUCAAGCCCCACCAGGUGAGCGGUGUGAGGUUUCUAUUCGACAAUUUAGUUGAGAGUCGGACGCAAUUUCAGCGCAGUUCUGGAUUUGGUUGCAUCUUAGCCCACUCCAUGGGUCUAGGCAAAUCGAUCCAGGUGAUCGCCUUCCUCGACCUCAUCUUUCGCUGCUGUCGCCCCGCCGCCCGCACUGUUCUCCUGAUUGUUCCUAUCAACACUCUUCAGAACUGGCAAGCUGAGUUUCAGCUGUGGCUUCCCUCUGUUCUCCACUCAAGCUUCUUAAACGACGAGGAGAAGCCCAAGGUAAAUGGUCACCAGUCCGCCCAACAGCAGCCGACGCCAGUAGUUCAAUCGGCGCCCUCUCUUCUAUCCCUUAUCAGCGAUUCUCCGCCUUCACAUCGACCUCAGUCGAACUCCACUGAAGUGGCGACAGUUGACCGAAAAGAAAACGCGGGCGAACCCCAAUUCCCUCCACCUCCUCCCUCGCCACAAGGAAACCAGCAGAAGGCUCAAGAAACUCCCCACGAAGCUCCACCGUUUCGCCUACACGUGAUCAAAGACACGACCAAAUCCCUGGAUGCCCGAUAUCAGGUUGUGACUGAGUGGGCGCGCACUGGAGGCGUUCUUUUGAUGGGCUACGAAAUGUUCAGGCUGCUGACGAAUCCCCGCAAACAGACAAGGGCCAAUGUUUCCGGUGGCGCGUCCUUCGGCUAUGGGGGCGUCGGUGGGGGUCUCUCCACGAGUGCCUCUACUAGCUCACUGUUUACCCUCGCGUCGUCGCCUUUCUCGGCUGAUUGUGAACGCCCUCGCAACCGAAAGAAGAAACGUGUCAUCACGAUUGACAUCGAGCGAGAGGAGAAGGAGGAGCAUAUGCUAGUUGAUAUGCGGAUAGCCUUAACGGAUCCAGGUCCUCAAAUCGUCAUUUGCGACGAAGGCCAUCGAAUUAAGAACAGCGAAGCGUCGAUUUCAAGAGCCCUAAAAGCCCUGAGAACCAGGCGACGAGUGGUACUGACAGGCUAUCCCUUGCAAAAUAACUUGAUGGAGUACUGGUGCAUGGUCGAUUUCGUUCGUCCAAACUACCUGGGCACCAAAUCGGAAUUCACCAACAUGUUUCAACGACCCAUCGAAAACGGCCAGUGUGUGGAUAGCACAGAGGCCGACCGCAAGUUAAUGCAAGGCCGAGCUCACGUGCUGCACGAGCUUCUCUCCGGUUUUGUCCAACGCCGGUCCCAUGCCGUUCUCAAGGCGAGCCUCCCGCCAAAGCAGGAGGUGGUUCUGAUGGUCAGAAUGUCUCCACUGCAGCGAAGGCUCUACACCGCCCUCAUGAAUUACAUCGCUGUUUCGUCAAAUAUGUACGGAAGUGGACUUCCAACAGCAAAUACUCUGCAAACAUAUGCGCUGUGUUGCAAGAUUUGGAACCAUCCGGAUAUACUGUGGCGAGUUGUCAAGGAAAAUGUAGAUGACAUGAUGGAUUUUGAACUCGACGAUGCUUCAAACGCAGCGAGCGGCACCUCGAGUCAGCGAGCCAGGAGAAAGCCUAAUGGCAACACUACCAAUCCACCGCCUCCUGGCGCUAAUCCUGCACAGUCGACGGGUGAGGAUAAGUACAACUGGGUCACCAGCGACCUUUGGGGUGCCGAAUUUAGAGCCGGUGACAUCCAAAACAGCGGAAAACUUGUCCUUUUUCUCUCUUUACUGCAAGAAAGCGUUCGGUUGGGGGAUAAAAUGCUCCUAUUCUCCCAAUCCCUAUUAACUCUGGAUCAUCUUGAACGGAUUCUUGGGCAGCUUCCUUUCGAUUAUGCGACACCUUCGCUAGCAGCAAAAUGUGUGACUCCGCUGGCACACCAAGGAGAAGCCGAGGCAAGUCAGAUCCUUCAUUGCCAGAGUGAUCUGAAACCUGAAAGUGAAUCUGCCAAGCAGCCACAGGUGUGGGUCCGUAAUGUUCAUUACUUCCGUAACUACUUACUACGGAGCUUUUACUCUCGUAUACCAGGUUUAGAUGGAAGUACAUCGGCAACUGAUCGCGAUCGACUCAUUCGACGCUUCAAUGACCCUGAAAAUCCUGUCAAACUUUUCCUGGUUUCUACAAGAGCCGGUUCCCUUGGUGUCAAUCUCGUUGGUGCGAACCGGGUCGUGGUGUUCGAUGCCUCCUGGAAUCCCUGCCACGAUUGCCAGGCGGUGUGUCGCGUCUACCGCUAUGGCCAACAAAAACCCUGCUACAUAUACCGACUUGUGUCUGACAAUACAAUGGAACGCAAAAUCUAUGACCGCCAAGUGAAUAAACAAGGGGUCUCUGAUCGCGUUGUGGAUGAAAUGAAUCCCGGACAGCAAUUCACUCGUGCACAGGUCGGAGUUCUAGUAGCCUACGAAGAUAAGGAUAUGCCUACGUUAACUGAUGAGGAUUUGCAGUCCAUUUCUGAUCUAACGGACUCCGAUCCCGUGCUGAAGGCUGCUUUAGAAACGAAUAAGGAAUGGAUAACUGCGAAGCCAUUCACCCACGAGUCCCUCCUGAUAGACAGGAAGGACUACCGCCUGACGCGUGUGGAGAAGCGCAUCGCGCGUCAGCGCUACGAGCAAGAACGCCUCAUCUCCUCGUCUGCCAUGUACAGAAACAGUGCUGCUGCCGCGACGGCCCUACAGUACCACCAGUACAUGAUGAUGGUCGCCGCCUCUGGCAGUGGCGGUGCCUCCUUCGGCAACAUGUCAAUGGGAGCACCAUCCUCGCACCGUGGUACGCCCAAUAUCCUCUCAAAGAGCGCCAGUGGAUUCCAUCAUCAGAACCUGCCUGUGUUCCCCUCGGCCCCCCACCCCUUUAUUCCACCAUCCUCGACUAUCGACGACUCCGUUUUGCGACGUUACGAGGGAAUACAACGCAAUCGAAUGCUGCAAAAAGACCUCGACGAAGCCCGUAUUCGAGCUGUGUCUCGUGAAAUUGGCAUCGCCCUUCCCAACGGACCCCUCGGAAGUGACUACAAAAUCACUCGUGUUGCCGCCACAACUGUGCAGUUAAUUGUUCUUCGUUCUCGUCAUCCUACUUAUUCAGACUUAGUCUUCCCUCGAUCUACUCACCCCCCGGCCCCCGAACGGAGCAUAUCUAAGGGUGAAGUGGUGGAAAUCAUCCAAGCUGGGAACAAUGGCAAGUACCUGCGGCUUCCACGCACUGGCGACAUUUACGUAGUCAAGCCGGGCAGCAAAGGACCUGAACCAGAAGACCCUCAGUCGCAUCCGGUACAAAAACAAUCACACAAUCCCCCUUCUGCAUCCAUUCCCAAUCCGUCCUCAACUCUCUGCCCUCAUUGCCGACAACCCUCCUCCUCCAAUUGUCUCUGUUCGAACAAUUUGUACCCCCACUCCGCUUCUACCGCCUCUUCUAUUUCUAAUCCUUCUGCCUCGGCUUAUCAUCCCCCCACCUACACAAAUCAGUAUGCUCCGACUGGCUCCUACGGACCCACAGCCCCUCAUGGGUAUCCCAAUUACUGA